UUUUAAUUUUUAAAUACGUUAUUUUAAAAUGCUUGUAUGUGUUUUCAGUUUUCAUGUGUAAUUGUGGUAUUUGAUUUGAAGACGGACGCCAUAAAUCUGCCGCUGAGUUUAAAAGAGGGGAAAAAAAGCGAAAAGUGCCGUGGCAUCAAGUGAAUGGCAUCAAGCAGUACAAAGUGAGACAGAGAAAGGGUAGGCCUUGUCUUGAGAGAUUUUCUGCUCCUGUAGCACAGAGAGCGUGAUGUCAGCGGUGGCAGUACUGUUGUAAUUGACUUGGUGGGGGUGAUGGCGUCAUUUUAUGCCCUGGUGUAGCCUCCUGCUCCAAUAGCGAAGGGGAGACGGAUCUUUGGCCGACGCGACCGUGGCUCCCUUGGCCGGGAUCGAGCACCGCCGAGCCGGACAACUCACCCCGGGAAACAUGGAGGCUGUGGCCGAGGAGCUGCGGGCCGGCUCUCGGGUACCUGUCACUAUCGAUCAAAUAGUUAACGAUACACUGGUGGUGACGCUGACCUAUCGAGAAAGGAUCUACACGGGGAUUUUACUCGAUUGCAACAAAAAGAGUGGGCUAUUUUGUCUACCAGAUUUCACAGCAAAACUCGGGGACUGCCAAGAAUCUAAACCUGCUUCUGAAAUCCCAGAAGUUCUGAGCGAGGACUCGGUUUCCAAAUCUCCCAGCCAGGUUUCACACAGACCAAAGGAUGAAAACACUCUCCCUGAAAGCAGCAUACCUACACCUCCUCUACCCUGCCCUGUUCCCACACCAGUGCCAGCUGGACAGACUCCUUAUCCUCCUUAUUUUGAAGGAGCCCCCUUCCCCCAGCCCUUAUGGGUGCGCCACACCUACAGCCAAUGGGUACCUCAACCCCCUCCGCGACCAAUCAAGAGAAAGAAGAGGCGAACGCGAGAGCCCGGCCGUAUGACCAUAAGUACUAUCCGUCUGCGGCCUCGGCAGGUACUGUGUGAAAAGUGCAAGAACACGCUAAAUAGUGACGAGGACAGCAAAGAUGGCAUGAGCAACACCAAGACCUCUAGAAAAGAAAAUUCACUACAGAGUGACGAUGACGGCUACGACAAGGAUACCCCUAAUAAGUUGUCGAGAAAAGAGGACGCAGUCACAGCCAAGGACACUAAAAGACGGGAAAAUGGCACCAGCCUUGAUAGUAAGCGUCUCAGAAAGGACAAAAGGUGCGAGGCUGAUGGGGAGAAGUACCCUGGAACUGAUGUUAUUCCCCACAGUCCCGUCAUAAAGAUCUCCUACAGCACUCCACAGGGCAAGGGGGAGGUUAUGAAGAUCCCGGCGCGAGUCCACGGUUCAGUCAAACCAUUCUGCCCCAAACAGCUGGUGCAGAAUGGCGUGGGGGAAAACGACAAGACGACUUCUGAUGUCACCAAGGAACAGCGGCACAUUCUAGAUGCCACAAGGUCUGGCCUCACUGUGUCCAUUCCCAAACUCAAACUAACAAGACCUUUUGCAAAUGUAGGUCAGGACACACCUUCUCCAAAGAUCCGUUUGAGACCCCCUCAGAGGGACACUGAGGAGAGCGUGGUCGAGUAUGAUGCGGAACUUGUUGGAGGCACCAGGAGACGGAGCCCUAGGGGGCCCGGGCCGUGUCUCCCACACUCUGAAGACUCAGGAGAAGGCAAGAACUCUCUGGAAUUGUGGUCAGGGAGUUCAGGUGAGGAGGCGGAUCGUGGCCACGGCGACCUCACCCUUCUCAUUAACUUCCGUAAGCGUAAAGCGGAUUCUUCUAGCUUGUCGGUGUGCAGCAGCGACAGCCUGGACGAAUCCAAGUCCUUCAGCUCGGACGGCACCUCACCAGAGCUGUGCGAUCUGGCGCCUGGUGAAGACCUCUCUGUAACCUCAUCUUCUGUACCUUCACGGGACGACUGCAAGACGGUGCCGCCUCUCACAGUGCGGCUUCACACCCGCAGCAUGACAAAGUGCGUGACAGAAGAAGGUCACGCCAUAGCGGUGGGUGACAUCGUGUGGGGGAAAAUCCACGGCUUCCCCUGGUGGCCCGCACGCGUCCUGAGCAUCAGCGGCACUCGCAAGCAGGAGACAGCCAGUUGCGAGGCCCAGUGGCCCCAAGCCAAGGUGGCGUGGUUCGGUUCACCCACAACCUCCCAGCUUUCUGUUGCCAAACUGUCGCCCUUCAGAGAGCUCUUCAGGUCCCGCUUCAACCGGAAGAAGAAAGGGAUGUACCGGAGAGCUAUCCUGGAGGCAGCCAAGGCCAUGGGUCACAUGAGCCCGGAGAUUACGUCGCUGCUUUCUCACUGCGACACGUAGAGCCUGAGGACUGAAGACAAGUCUCCGAGGUUUUUCUGAAUUCUCAGACUAUGUCAUCAAGACCCAGGAGGGAGUACGUGUGGUUGCCACGGCUACUAUUUAUACGCCCUCUCAUUUUUAAAUUUUUUUUUUUUUUUCUCACAAGGCUGGUGGAAAAUGGCCGCCAAGGUGGAGUGUUCUUGAGACCGGAUAAGGGAGCAAAAAAUAUAAAGGCCUGGCAUCUCAUGGUCUUCUAUGAACUAUAAACUAUUCCUCCUUUUUUUUUUUUUUUUUUUUUUCCUAGAUUUAAUCAUAUUUCAGUAGAGCCGAAUAACAACACUACAAGGACCUGAAUGUAUUUAUUGUCUGUAAUGUUUUAUUAUGAUCCAGUAAGUUCACCCUUUCUACUACAGUCUCGCAAAAACCUCCCAAUCUGCUGCUGUCAUUAUCGCGGGCCUUGCCGCCGUCGUCGUUUGGCUCCAAGGUUCCCCUCCUCCAGCCAAGAAGGAGCCUCCAUCUCCCUUCUCUUCCUCCUCCAUCCCUCGGACACAAGUUUAAAAAAAAAAAAAA